AUGGAUGACGAGAAAUCAGGUUCAUCAUUAAAACAACAAGCCUAUUUCACAUAUUCUUGGAAAAUUUGUAAUCUAAAAGAACAAGCUAAGAAUUUAAAUACAGGAAAAUGUUUUUAUAGCCCUGAUUUUUGGGUUCCUUUCCACAGGGGGGAUAUAAAGUAUUUUGGCGAGGACAAAAGCACAAGGAAAAACUGCUGGAGACUAAAGAUGUUUCCAAAUGGUGAUAAUAAAGACCGCGAAUCAUAUAUGUCUACAUUUCUUGAGGCAGUACAGACUACUUACGAAAAAUCAAAUAAUAUUUCUAUCCGUCAUCAAAGAUUUGCCUUAAUUUUGAAAACUGGGAAUUGCUCUGGUGGUUUAAAAGACAAAUUUACGCCUAGUACGCUCACUAAUUAUCAUGUCAUAAAGAAUGCAUCUUUUUCAUAUAAAAAAGGACAUGACUGGGGUUUUGGGAAAUUCUAUCCAUUAAAUAAGAUUUUGAUCGAUAAUGGAAAGUCAAGCGAAGUUAACAUCAUUGUUGAUGUACAAUUUUUUCUUGAUGAAGAUAUUGAAACUACCAAUGUUUGUUAUUACGAAGAAUAUUUUAGUAACGAAAAAUUUUCUGAUGUCGAAUUUAUAUUGGAUUCUGGAGAUCGAAUCAAAGCCCACCGUAUUAUUCUAUCUUCAAAAUCCCCAUAUUUUAAAGCUAUGUUUGAAGGAGAAUGGAUAGAAUCAAAAUUGCAAGUAAUCCCAAUUAAGAAUGUUGAGUUUGAUACUUUUCGUAGAAUUCUGUACCAUUUCUAUUCUGGAAAAUUCAAAGAGGAAAUAGAUUUAAAACAAGCGAUUGACCUCUUUAAGCUGGCAGUCAUGUUAGAUGUAAUAAGUCUUCAAAACUUUGCGUUAAGAAAACUUGUCGACAUGAUAAACUUAGAAAAUUGGGAAGAAGUUUUAGAUUUUGGACUUGAGACAGAUGAGUUGGUGGUGAUUACAGGUGUAUUCAAUAUGUUGGCAUGCAAUUGGGAGGGCGUUGUAAAUCAAGAAAUUUUGACCGAGCUCGAAAAAAGGUGCGACUCUAAAUACUGGGUUGAUCUAAUGGAAAUGGUUAAAGCAGUUAAUUGGUGA